CGUUCAGAGAGCUGGCAGCACUUCAAGCGACCGAGUGCAAGCACCGUGCUCGCUCCGGGCGUCCCCCUUGCCCUUUGGCUCCCAGCAGCCGUGCUGCUGACCCCUCUGCUCCUCUUCCCCCUGCCGCGGCACGGGACGGGCCCCAGCAGCAGCGAGGAGGCGGCCGGCCGGAGGCUGACUUCGAAAGGCAUCAUUGCGUCUCCUCACGUCACGCCGGGUUCCUGCCCUGCACCUGGUCCGUCAGUGGGAUUCCCUCUGCCGGGAUGAGAUAAUGGCGUCUUCAGCCCGCUGAAGGAAGGAGAGGGAAUAGUUGUUCAUACUUAUGAUGCUUUGACAUAAUUAACAUAUUCUUAACCAUGAUGGCAACACAGACAUUAAGUAUAGACAACUAUCAAGAUGGACAACAGAUGCAAGUAGUAACAGAGUUAAAAACUGAACAAGAUCCCAACUGCUCUGAAACUGAUGCAGAAGGGGUGAGUCCUGCCCCUGUAGAAUCUCAAACGCCAAUGGAUGCAGACAAGCAGGCCAUUUACAGGCACCCACUAUUUCCCUUGUUAGCACUAUUAUUUGAAAAAUGUGAACAAUCUACCCAAGGCUCAGAAGGCACAACUUCUGCAAGUUUUGAUGUAGAUAUUGAAAAUUUUGUAAGGAAGCAGGAGAAAGAAGGAAAACCCUUUUUCUGUGAAGAUCCAGAAACUGAUAAUCUGAUGGUAAAAGCAAUCCAAGUUCUACGUAUCCAUCUGCUUGAGCUAGAAAAGGUUAAUGAACUCUGCAAGGAUUUCUGUAGUCGCUACAUUGCCUGCCUGAAGACAAAAAUGAAUAGUGAAACUCUAUUAAGUGGAGAACCUGGAAGUCCUUAUUCACCUGUGCAAUCUCAGCAAAUUCCAAGUGCCAUUGCAGGCACGCUCAGUCCCCAAGGGAUUAUGGUGCCAGCAUCAGCAUUGCAGCAGGGAAAUGUAACUAUGGCAACAGUGGCAGGGGGGACAGUGUAUCAGCCAGUCACUGUGGUCACUCCACAAGGUCAAGUAGUGACACAAGCACUGUCGCCUGGGACUAUUCGGAUUCAGAAUUCUCAGCUUCAGUUGCAAUUAAACCAAGAUCUAGGCAUCUUGCAUCAAGAUGAUGGCUCAUCAAAAAAUAAAAGAGGAGUUCUUCCCAAGCACGCUACAAAUGUGAUGAGAUCUUGGCUUUUUCAGCACAUAGGGCAUCCAUAUCCAACAGAAGAUGAGAAGAAACAGAUUGCAGCACAAACAAAUCUGACACUACUCCAGGUUAACAACUGGUUUAUCAAUGCUAGAAGGCGAAUUCUUCAGCCAAUGCUGGAUUCCAGUUGUUCUGAAACUCCAAAAACAAAGAAGAAAACAGCUCAGAACAGACCGGUUCAGAGGUUCUGGCCUGACUCCAUUGCCUCAGGAGUUGCUCAGCAGCAAUCUAAUGAGCUCACAAUGUCAGACGGUGCUGUUGUAACAAUUACAGCUCCAGUCAACAUGAAUGUAGACAGUCUCCAGUCCUUGUCAUCUGAUGGUGCUACUUUGGCUGUUCAGCAAGUUAUGAUGGCAGGGCAGAGUGAGGAUGAGUCUGUAGACAGCGGUGAAGAUGAUGGAGGAGAUCUCUCAACGACAAAUAUCAGUGGGCUGGUUUUGGAUAACAGCGAUUCUCUGCAGUAGGAAGCAAGAGAGUGUGACAAAACGUUUAGGAAAAAGAAUGGACUGACUGACUGUUUUUAUAGUUUGCACAGCAAACAUUUUACACAAGUUUUAUUUCUAAUAUGUUUUAUAUGUAGAUAUAGAAGGGUGCACUUUUUUGUAUUUCAUAGUAAGCUUAAAGAGUGUUUUUGCAGGUGCAGCAACUUCUUUCAAAUGUGUUUUUUCAUUUCUUUUAAUUUUCUUAUUUCAGAAAAUUAUAUCUAGUAAUAUAAAGAACCAUGUUAGCACCCCUUUAUUCUCUGAAUUGGAAGUGCUGCAGUUUCUAAAGAAUUAUGCAGUUUCAAUUAGUGCUGUUAUUUAACACAGCUCUUGAUGGGCAGGUGAUGUAAAUUUAAAGCAUGUGACACUAGUGUGUGGAAAUUGAUCAUUAAGUUUGAUGCAUAUAUUUGAAAGAUGCUUCUGCACCUUAAAAACUGCUAGUCUGAGGUGGACAGCAACACACACAAAAAGAAAAUGGUGAUGUGUGAUUCGGUAGCGAAUGUAUGGCAACUUAAAUAAGUUUAGUUUCUCUCAUAGUCCGUGAGCCUGUUUAUCAUUUGCUAUAAAAACUCCUAUUUUUACCUUGCCGGGGUUAUUGGAUAAAAAAUAUUUUUAUAAAUUCAUUAGGAAUUGGGAUGACGACUGUAUUACGCAGGAGGGAAAAAAAAAAAAAAAGAAUUUCCAGAGGGGAAAAAUAAAUGUUUAGUAUUCCUAUUUGGAAGGUCUGAAAACUGACCAAAUUUAAUAAACAAACCUAUACUAGCGUUCUAUGAUUCUCAGCUAUCCCACAGUGAUAUAGUAUAUUUGAUAAUAGCAUAAGAAGGGGCCCACUGUUUGAUGGGAUUUUGAUAUUGUCAAACAUUGAUUUAUAUUAUGUGUAAACUAAUAUUCAAAUUACAUUAACUCUGUAUCUAGACUUGUAUCUGAAGAUAUUUGCUAAAUGAGUAUUCAGGUAAGUAAACUGAAAUGCCUACGACACUUCCGGUUAUUAGAGAAAUUUAAGAGUUUAUAGUUUGUACAUCUGAUUCUGAAAAGUGAAAAGAUAUGUACUAUACAGUCAUGAAUUCUGCUAUCACUAUUUCAUUGCAUUUGAAAUAUUUUCCCCCAAUACAAAAAGACAUAUAAUUUAUGGAUUUCUGUAAAAAAAAUUUCAAAUCUGAAGGUCACUACAAGAGUAUACAGCAGGCUUUAUUAGAGUAGAAAAUCCUAUUGUCAUUUAAAAUCUAAGAGCUAAUGAUGAAAACACUUUUUGUGGUAAUAGUCCUUUUAUUUUUUCCCCCAAAGUUUGGAGUCUUUCUGUUCAUCCAUGAACGCUCACUCUUGGAACUUCAUAUUUCCCAUUGUUAAAUAGAAAUAACAGACGCCAAGAGUCUUCACAGUAUGAUCAGCAUCCUCUUUUCCCCUGUCCCUUUGUCCCUCUGUUGGAUUAGAACAAAGCCAGAAAUCUCUUGUUUAGAUCAAAUCUAGUUGCAUUUCUAACAUGACAGGGAAAAGGAUGUUAGCUUAUGGAAGCUUUAGACAUUGUAUUUGAGCAGAACUCUCUAGCAGAUGCAAAUAUUUAAUUGAAUACUUAAAUUUCUGUUUCACAAAAUACUCAGGCAUAUGCUUAGGUCCCAUUGAUUUCAGUGGGAUUUUCAAGCAUGUACUUUUUUAUAUGCUUAAAUGCUUGAAAGGAGGUCUUUAACGACUGUCUUACAGGUCAUGUUUAAGUUGGUAUGAAGAAAAACUUCAGAAAGAAAUGUCUAUAACACUGGUACACAUACAAGGAGAAUGAUACUAGUUUUAAGUGACUGGUAGCUGUUUUGACAAAUUGGGCUUUACUCAUCACUAGUGAUGUUUCUGCAAUAGCUUUCGUUUAUUCAUGACUGAGGAUUUUGCUUCCUAGUUCAAAGACUGUAAUGAUCUGUUCCUGCUGGAGUGAUAAUUUCUAAAGAAUUUUGUUCUUCUAAGUUCUCUACUUUGCCACUAAUGUGACAUGUUUGUAAAGAGCAUAACUUGGAAAUGAUUCAUGUAAGAUUUAAUUAGGAAGACUUUGACAAAGCAUAACUAUCCCAAAAGCUAUUGUCAAAUCCAAUUCAACCCGAAAAUACAUUUAAAAGAAAGCUAUCAUGUGCAAAUCAUGCUCCUCUGGAAACAUUCAACCCAGUGCUCCUACAAAGGAUACCUAAGAUGACGAGAACUGAGAGACAGAUUUUUAUUUUUAUUUUUUUAUUUUUUUUACAACUCUGCAAGUACUUCAUCACCCUCACAGUUUCCAUUGUGUAAUUGGCUAUGCUUUUUGAUUUCCCUGGGGGGAUUAUUCAGCUACCCUUCUCCACAUGUAAUAGUGUGGUGAUUUUUGUAUCUUGUAGGCAGCCGAGUAAUGACUUCUCGGUAUGUGCAGGGCUAUGGUCAAAUCUGUGCUUUUCCAAAUCAGCCUAUGCUAGAAGAACAAGUCAUUUCUCACUGCCUUUUCCCUCCUUGACCAGUUAUCAGUGCACAACAGCAGCACUUUCCUCACCGGCUUGAAGGUAGGCAAGGAAAUGGCUCAGCAGCAGAUCUAGGAGGGCAGCAAGCAGCCAGCACCAAAGGGAAGCACAAACUAAACUGGGGUUCGUAGAUCAUUUGUCUCACAUUUGUCACCUUGUCUUUAGCUGGUUGGUAAAUACCUGGAAAGUGAAGCUGAUGGAAGCCCCUAUGAAAGGGAGAAUAUGGAGUAGUUCUCCUGUCAAAUUAGAAACACAAAUGUGCGCAAUUAUGAAAAUUGGAAAAGUUACCAGUAUAAUCCAAGAGAUUACUUAACAUGAGGAACUCAAACCCUGUCUUUUAAUUUGGUGAGAGCAGGGGUAUGAGCUGCCUAGACAUGCAGCUGUCUUUUCACAAUUUAGAAGAAAAUGUGCUUCCUUUUUUGCUGUGUAAGAAAGACUGCUGGUUUAAACAAAGCAUCACUAUUCUGUGGUAGUUGGAAAAAAAUGUUUACAUUAGGCACUUAUGUACAAAGUCUUCAUAGAGAACCUAACAUUAAACCCAUGUAUAAUUACCCCUUACCCCCAAUUAAAGUUGUAUUGGUAGGCAAGAGAAGAGCUAAUUUGGUUUUUAAAUUACUGCAAUUCUUAUGCAAACAUAAUUAUUGAAACUUUACUUUUUCCCAAUGUAAUCUAGAUCAUUAACCCAAAACGGAGUUUUCAGUCCACUUUUCCCAAGACUUCUGUGACAAGCAAGCUGAUUUCCCAUUAUUUUGUAUCUUUGGAAACAACUUUAUUUAGUAAAUCAAUUCCAAAUUGGUCAGUAUGUAUUUUUAAAUGACUGUUCAAAAAAAAAAAAUUAAAAAUGUUGGAAGACAUAAUUGAUAGGCAUGGCUCUGGCUCUGCAGAGACUUUCCUAGAUCCGGAUAUUGGGUCAAAGUGGAGUCCAGCUGACCUCAGGGAAACUCUGUAAGGGCUGCACGUGGGGCUGCAUUUACCUGCAAAAGCAUUGCUUCCCUCUUCUGGUCCCUGAUCAUGAGUGGGAACCUCUUGGAAAGCCCUUCAGCUUGCUUCUGCCUGCAUGCCUAGGUUUUCUUGCAGAGGAAACCAGCCUGUGGGUGAAGGGAUUAGAAGGGAAGAACUUCAUGUGGUUCUGCUGUGCACAGUGCAUCGUUUUGAUGUGGAAACAUGGCCAGAAGACAGACCCACACUGAAGGAUGAGAGUUCCCAGUUCCUCUGUUCUAAAAGUAGCUUCAGGUUUAUGGAUCUUCUUCUGGAGCAGGGCCACGGAGACUUACUGCAUGAAUAAUAGAGCUGUUUGUUUCUCUAAUCACGUGGGGAAAGAGGAUUAGAAAGCAGUUCAGCUUCCUGGCUUCAUGAACUUGACAGCCCCAAAGGGUGAAACAGUCUUUCCAAGGGAGGAGAGCUUCAUAAAACUAUUACACUUGUAGCAGCAGUUAAAAAGAAAAUAAUGUAUUUUGGAAAACUGAAACACACGCAUUUAACUGUAAUUAAAGUUGAUUUAAGAUUUAUUUUCUGAAGCUGAGUUGUCCUGAGGGGGAAAAAAAAAAUUAAUAAGCAUUUGUCUAUGCAAGACAUGAAUGUCAAAAACGUUGUGUGAAUCUCCCAUUUUUAGGUGCUAUAUCGUUGUUGUCUUUCUGGCUUCUGUUACUUCGACUGAUCUUUUAAGCCUUUCAGCCUUAUAUUCAGCUUGGUUUUCAGAGUUGAAUAGGCAAGAAAUGUAGUUUUGGAAUCCUGUUGGAAAUGUAACUGAACUUGGUUCCCCCAUGAAAACCUUGCAUGUGAAACAAUUACCUGAAAUGUUUUGGUUUCCUAAGAAUAAAUUGAAACUGUCACCACCUCCUAAAACCAGAGCACGUCCAUGACAAUGCAAGUUUAAUUGUAACGUCACAUCAUCAGCCGUGGGCUGAGUACUCUCAGCUCUUUACUGUCCAGGGUAGCUGGAGAGCAAAGCUGGCUGGUUUUUGCCAAGCUCCCCCUCGGUGCGGAUUCCACACGCGCCCCUCCUGGGCUUGCUGAGUGCUUUCAAUCGGUUCUGGGUUGUUUAAUUUUAAGUCCUGAAGUAACUCGGUCACCCAAUGUAACGUGUAGUGAAAUUGGCACUAAUGUGCUCUCAAGUGAUUGCCCAAAUCAUGUUACUUGUUUGUUCUUGUCACCUGGAAAUAUAAAAAUGUUCUUUCUUUUUCUUUCUUUUUUUUUUUUUCUGUGACUCGGUUAUUUAGGACCUGCUGAGUGAUCACAGCUGUUUUUUGCCAGCGAAAAGCAAUGUGCGAGAAAGCAGUGAAAUGCCUUACCAACUUUGUAGACUACUAUAAAGAUCCUUACCUUGUGUAAAUCGAAUCCAGCGUUUUCAGAUCAUGACAGAAGUGGCCCAUAAAUCUGCCAGUGGGUUGGCAACGUUUGGUCUACACAAUGGACAAUCUUUAAAAUGUAAACCUGUAACUUUUUUUAGCCCUCAGUUGUUAAGAGACUUUUGAAGCAACCAAUCUCUCGAAGGAUAAAAUUAAAAAUCAGAAUGUGCUUCAA